AUUACUAAAAUCAAUCAAAACUAUAGUUACCGUCGUCUCUGUAACUUCGCCGUCGUUGAGGAGCACGAUUGUGUUAGUCUGACCAAGAAAUGACCAGAAAAUUGUAAUCAACAGUCACCUUCGUGAUUUCAGGUUAUUGAUUAGGGUUUCGCUACAAUGCGGUGGUUGCUACAGGGAAGGGUUAGUUUGUCUACUAGUUUGUGUAAAUGCAGAGAAAAGUUUGGUUUUUUAUAUCAGCAGAGAUGUGGUUUAGUUAACGUUAAGUUGAAAUGGGUUAAAGAUAAAGAACUUGAUGCUGUUGUGGUUCGUGAAAAGCAUCUUAAAGCAGUUUGUAAUCUCGUUUCGGUUAUUUCGGCUUCUCCUGAUUUGAAACUACCCAUCUUUAAGCUUUUGCCUCACCGCGGUCAGCUCGGUUUGCCUCAAGAUCUUAAGCUUUCUGCUUUUAUUAGGAGGUAUCCCAACAUUUUUGUGGAGCAUUGUUAUUGGGAUAGUGCUGGUACUAGUGUUCCUUGCUUUGGUUUAACGCGUGAGGCGAUUGAUCUUUAUUGUGAAGAAGCUGAUGUUUUACGGGUGAAUGAAAGGGAUGUUAUUGUGAGGUUGUGUAAACUUCUUAUGCUUACGUGUGAAAGAACACUUUCGCUACAUUCCAUUGAUCAUCUUAGAUGGGAUUUGGGUUUGCCGUAUGAUUAUCGAGAUUCUUUGAUUCCUAAGCACCCGGAUUUGUUCUGUUUGGUGAAGUUGUCUAGUGAUCUUGAUGGUUUGAAAUUGAUACAUUGGGAUGAUCGCCUUGCUGUUUCUAAACUGCAACUGAGAGAGGAUGUUGGAAAUAAUGAUCAUAUAGCCUUUCCGGUUAAAUUUACGAGGGGGUUUGGACUGAAGAGGAAGAGCAUGGAGUGGCUCCAAGAAUGGCAGAGACUUCCUUAUACUUCACCUUAUGUCGAUGCAUCUCAUUUAGAUCCAAGAACUGAUUUGUCAGAGAAGAGAAAUGUUGGAGUGUUUCACGAACUUCUUCAUCUAACAAUUGGGAAAAAGACAGAGAGGAAAAAUGUUAGCAAUCUUCGUAAACCGUUUGCACUUCCGCAGAAGUUCACCAAAGUAUUUGAGCGUCACCCGGGUAUUUUCUACAUUUCUAUGAAAUGUGAUACGCAGACAGUGAUCCUUAGAGAAGCAUAUGAUAGGCGGCAUCUCCUUGAAAAGCACCCUCUCGUUGAGAUCAGGGAAAAAUUCGCAAACAUGAUGAAUGAAGGGUUUCUAGAUAGAAGUCGAGGACUGUAUCAGAAAUCUGUUGAGGCUGAUUUGGGGAAGAACAAUAUCAAGACAAUUUAUCCGGUUUGGUCAGAAGAAGAAGAAGAAGAGUCAGACAAUAAUCUGAAAUCUCGAUACGACUUUAAUUGUCAUCUAGUUAAAGAAACAUAAAACGGCUGUUUUAGUAGUGAGUCCGGGUACAAGUUUUGUUACAAUGGAACCAAAUCAAGACGUCGCAGAAGGUGUGAGAGUUAAAGAUCGCAUUCUGCAUCUAAGCCUGAGCUUUCGGCAGUGAAUGGGGUUCUCCAUCUAAAUUAAGUCAACUGAAUAUG